AUGAUUGAUUCAAAGGGUUCUGCACCUUUUGAUCAUAUCCUUUUAAGUGACCUGAGAAAAAGGUACGCUUACAUAGGAUGGUUCCUACUGGGAAUUUUGCCGACUUUUGGAAUUGUUAUGAGCUCAAUUUCAUCCAGAUUGCAUUACGCAAUCCUGGAUGUGCCAGAAGAGAACUCCGGCGUCUUUGAGUCUAACGUUCUAACAAUUACAAUAUUAUCCUCUUGUUUGGGACUUAUAGCAUCGUACAUACUGUGUCCUGUAAACUUAAUAAUGCUCCAAUCUUCUGUUAUCAUCUCUAUAUUGAUGUCUUUGUUUUCCUUCGUAGCAUUGAUUUUACCUGAACAUCUAGGGAAAAUACUCUAUCUCCUCGCAAUUUGUGCUGGAUGUUACUUUUUAGGAGUCACUGAAAUGAUAGCAUUGGCGUCUGUGAAUAACAAGUUUAUCCACGGGACAACAAAUAUGAAGCUGUUUUUCUUCCUACUUGGACACCCUAUAGGAUACAUGCUAGUGAUACUGAUCUGUACAAUUCUGGAAGUCACGUCAAUUGGAAAUGGUGAAGAAAACAACUUUUUACACGAAUCAAUUGUUUUUGACAUGUACCAAAUCAUGGUCAUGAUGCUGAUGAUUAUUCCAAUCACAGUAGUAAUUUACGACUACCUGCACCAAAUGAGUGACCAAGAGUUCAAGUGGGAGAAAUCAAACAUCAUAAAUAGCAGACCUGCUUUGACUCAGUCACUCAAAUUAUUAGUAUAUAGGUUCAACUAUGUCAUGUUACUCAUCUUACUAGAGUCUUCUGAGGCCUUUUUUAACUCAGUUAUAGUUUUGUUUUUGGUUGAUCCUUUUCCUCACUUUCAACAACUGUUUAAAUCGCUGAUAAUUUUCAUUUGCCAUGAAGUCUUUGAUCUGUUUGGAAGAUUCAUGCCCAAGGCCAUUGGCUGGAUAGCUGCAAAAGCUACGCCCAUAAGAACAGACUCGUCUCAGAACAACGGUGAAGAAGACGUAGAGAACGGGAAAGCUGAAGAAAAAGUCGUGGUUCACCUAGCCACUAAUAGUAUUGGGAAAAUCGCUCGAGUGGCUUACAAGAAGCUUUCAGGGAGGUCCCUGGUCGCCGUGUCCCUCGUCUGGGUAUGUCUGGUCCUCAGAAUUGCCUUUUGCUUCUGUUUGUUCUUUCAAAGACACUUCAAGGAUGUGCCGGCCCUCCAAUUUAUGGUUCGCUUCCCCAUGGCGAUGCUUUUAACACUGUUCAACUCGUCAGUAAGAGGUCUUACUGUAUCAUUUGUGUACUCCAGAAUCGCUGAAAAUUACCCGAUCAAGAACAAAGAGGAGUUUGAACAUGCUAGUGAGCUUCAUGGAUACACGACAGUCGAGCCGAGUUCUAGAAGUGAGCCUGAAGAAUGCCUAGAUAUUACUGGCGAUCCUGGCACAAUAAUUUGUUUCCUCAUUGCGCUGGUCAGGGUUAUUGAGGUCAUUCCCUACGUGUUCUGGAACUACGUUGGAUUCAAAUACAACCGCAUCUUAUUUGAGUGUGAGUUGAUCAUGGAGCAAACCGGUUCUUGGCCCACUGACGACUUGGAGGGGAACUGUGAAAAGUUUCGCUGGUGGCUAAAGAUGAUCCUCAGGGCUGUUUGGCGUGACAUCAAGAACCCUUUUGAAAUCUUUAACAGAGAUUGAAUUCAAACCCUCCACUAUAGCUACAUUCAGGCGA